AUGUUUCCAAACGUCAGUGUCAGUUCAAAAGGGUUGCAGUUUCUGAGUUCUUGUAGACCCGAUCAUCAACCUCCAUUAAUUCUGCGGAUGACUGGGGAAAUGGUUGAUCAUGAGGAACAGAAAAACAGACCAAGUGAAGUCAGCGAGUUCAAUGGUUUGGCUCCUCUGCAAUAUGAGGGAUUGUCACAGGCUGAGGCAGAACUCUAUAAAAUGCUGUUAGAAAAGAGAAUGAAGUUUGCAAGAGCUGCUGGAACCGCUCCAUAUGCUAUAUGUGGUGAUCAAACAUUGAAAAAGAUAGCAUUGGCAAGGCCAUCUACUAAAGCAAGGCUAGCAAACAUCGAUGGUGUGAACCAGCACCUAAUGACAAUGUACGGGGAUCUUUUUCUUCAAAGUAUUCAACAUCUAUCUCGGGGGCUGAACCUUUCUUUGGACGGGGAGACAAGCAUACAGCCCGCUAUCACAAAAAGGAUUUAUACAGUACCAAACCACCAGACAAAAUUAACUCCGGCAAAAUUUGAAGCUUGGAAAAUGUGGCAAGAGGAUGGCCUCUCAAUUCAGAAGAUUGCUAGCUUCCCCAGUAGAUCAGUUCCCAUAAAAGAAGAAACUGUAAUCAACUAUCUCCUCGAAGCUGCCCGAGAGGGAUGUGUAAUUGAUUGGACCAGGUUCUGUGAGGGGAUCGGCCUCACCCAAGAUGUGGUCAACAGUAUUCAGACUGCUGUAUCAAAACUUGGUUCAAAAGACAAGUUGAAGCCUAUCAAAAAUGAAUUGCCAGAAGAGAUAAGUUAUGUCCAUAUCAAGGCAUAUUUGACAAUGGAUGAUUUGGGGCUGUCAGCAGAAGGAGUUCAAUCCUGCCACCAGCCUAGCUGUAAAGCUAAUGAAAAUUCUGAAGAGAUGUCAGAACUAUCACAAACAUCCUAUUUGCCAUCUCACGUCAGACCUUGUGACGUUGAAAGACUAGUAAAUACUGCAGCCUGUCAUUAUUCUUCAGAUGAUGGUGAAGGAGCAGUCCCAGUUCCCCUUGUGUUGUUCACAAGCUCAAAGCAAGCCCCAAUCUUUACUGAUGAUCUUCAUGAUGGAAAACGCCAAAAAGUUGAUGCAACAGGAGAAGAGAAUCCUGUUGCACCGGAGGCAACAGAGAGUUCCAUAUUAAACUGGAUUAAGAAAUUUGAUCAUGGGGUCUCUCAAUCUGAUAUUUUCAAGCACUUCAAAGGAUCCACCAAAGAGUCUAUAGUUGAUCUGCUGAGCUGCCUUGAAACGCCUCUAGACGUGUGGUUGGUUGAAAACUUGUGAAUAUAGAACAAAUCUAAAACUGUUAUGUCGCCUUAUGACAUGUUGGCAUGAACUGGUUGAAGAUUGUGGGUUUCACUCUGGGAGUUAGCAUGAUUUGAGCAGAAACCAAUCCAUCCGGUUGAAUGUGUAGCCAUAUCAAUGCCUUAUCCUAGAUGGUUGUACUAUGUUAUAUCAAGUCCUGCCAAUUCCCUCUAUACUGAACAGGUCUUGCCAGUGGCAGUGUGCUCCAUCCAUGCUUUUGUUUUCUUUCUAGUAAGUAGUUAGGUCAUCUUCCCAGACACUGCAUACAGAUUCUCACUCGUUCGACCUUGUUUCUAUAUUGUUCUUUGGUUGUAACAUCAAUGGAUGAUUCAAGGUAAUGACUGAUUAGAAGUUAAACCCAAAGAUAUCCAGGACCCCCCCUGCC